UCUGUACAUCAGCUGAUCGCUGCCUGGGCUUGGGAAGGAGGAGGGCGCCAUCUUAAAAUGUUCUGUCGCAAUUUGCCCACAGCCAGCUGAAGAAGCAAGGUCCCGUAGGGUGGUGAAUUGCAGCGGGUCAACACCGGGAGAAAAGUAACGAUUGGAGGGGGGGGGGGGGGGAAAAAAAUAAAUCAAUCUCUCCCGCUCUGAUGAGACUGCCUUUCACAAAGCUGGUGUUUCUCCUGUUAUUAUGGCGGCAGCCGCUACGAGCUACUGUUUCAAAGUAGUGCUACUGGGGGAAGGUUGCGUGGGUAAAACCUCCCUGGUGUUGAGAUACUGUGAGAACAAAUUCAGCGACAAACACAUCACCACGUUACAGGCCUCUUUCUUGACAAAGAAAUUGAACAUCAGUGGGAAGCGAGUGAAUCUUGCGAUAUGGGACACGGCUGGACAGGAACGGUUUCAUGCCUUGGGUCCCAUUUACUAUCGAGAUUCAAAUGGAGCCAUAUUAGUAUAUGACAUCACUGAUGAAGACUCAUUUCAGAAGGUGAAGAACUGGGUGAAAGAGCUGCGGAAGAUGCUUGGCAGUGAAAUCUGUCUCUGUAUCGUAGGAAAUAAAACUGACCUGGAGAAGGAUCGGAAUGUGUCCGUUGAAGAAGCAGAGGCGUAUGCGGCAUCAGUAGGAGCAAAGCACUUCCACACUUCUGCCAAAGUGAACAAAGGCAUUGAAGAACUCUUUCUUGAUGUCUGUAAAAAGAUGCUUGAAGUUGCCCAAGCAGAGGAAGCAGCAAGAGAGAAUGAUCCUAGUCGGGCAGCUAAUGCACGAAGAGGUGUACAGAUCAUUGACGAUGAACCACAGCCGUUAAGUAAUGGAGGCUGUUGCUCUGGUUCUUAAAUAGAAGCCUCACAAAACCCGCCACUUUGUUGAGAUUGAGACUGGAGUGACCAUGGGGCACUGGACGUGAUGGGAGUUCCAUUAACAAAUGAAAGCUGUAGGAUUAACUGACUGGAGGUGCCAUUUGUCGUGUUGCAAGUUUCCCUGCUGAGCUGCUGGACAAAGAUCUUAUGUUUCUGGCUGCAAGUUGUAAUUAUUUAUAAAGGAAAAAAUAGGAAAAUAAAUCUAGUGAAAAGUGGCUCUUGCAGGAUGUCCGAAGUAAAAAACCUUUGCUCUUGUGGGGAUUGAAUGAUGACCCAAAAGAUCGCAUGAGGUGGGAUUUAGUUUUGAACGGAUAGUCAUGUACACAGGGUACAGCUCCAAAGUAAAGCAAAUAUCCUGCCUCUGUAUGCCAUCCAUCCAAUAUCCCAACAGUUCGGUAUAACUCCACUGUAAUCCUUUGUGAUUGUCCAUAGUAGGUGGUACACUACAGACAUACCUGGUGAUGUGAUGUUCUGGGAAAGGUGUAAUAAAACAUGGUGCUUCUCCAUGCAAGGGGACAACCAUGCUUAGGAGUAUGUACUCCAGCCACACCCCCCCACCCAAGCACAAGCUGGUGAAGCAAGGGGCCUAGUGAAAUGCAGAAUCCUUUUAAUAGUUUUGCGGAUGUCUUUCUAGAUUAUUUCUGGCAACAUUUCAGACCUUCCUUAUUACACCAGUGUCACUUUGCUUUACCUUCUUGCACAUUAUGUAGAGAUGGUUUGAUUUGCUGCUAAUUAGUCUUAAAUGUUACACUCCUGUUGAAAUGCCUUGCACUGUGCUUUUAAAGAAGUUGUAUACCAUUCACACUGGUACACUCAUUUGAGACCUUUUAUCUAAUCAGUGUUCGAAAAGGUACAUUUGGACCUUCUCUCCCCUUCAUCUUCUGCAAUGUGGACUCUUAAGCUGUCCCAUUACAUUGUGUUCAACCCAUGUGUCUAUUUAAGUAACAACCUCUUUUAGGAAAGGUGCUACAAAAUGGAAUACUGCUACUGAAAAUUAGUAUGGAUAUGCAUUGUUUGUGAUUCUUUAACUUAAAAGGUGUUGUGGGGACACCUAAGGCAUACAGCACCCUAGUUUACAGGUUUAAGCAACUUCCAUGAUGGGAAGUAGCCAAGAUGGAUUAAGUGCCAUAUUGAUGCUUGGUGCACUGGGGCUUUUUGAUGUCUGUUAGGUUGAGUGUAUUUACUAAGCUAGUACCUACACUCUUACUAGGUUAGAUCUGCCCUGAUAAUUGUAGAUCACUAUAGUUUUGACUUGAUUUUUUAAAUAAAGUAAAAGAAACUGAAGACCUGAGAAUCCAAUUUCAAAGCACUGGCUAUUUGGGAUUAAAUUGUUACUGCAGUUUGUCUGCUUCCUCUGCAUUUUUAGUUUGUUAGCAUUUAAAAGUGAAUAACUAGCUUUAAGUUCAGUUCAGAAACUCAGUUACAUUAGUGUAGCUUGCCCAGUGAUGUGCAAGACAUGUUUUUCAUAUGCAGCAUAAUAAACAUUUCUGGCAUUCAUGAUCAGGCACUUUGCUGUUUUCUAUUGAUUAGAUGUGAUUCUUGUCUCUAACACAGUCUAUUUAUUCAAAGUCACUUAAUUUAAAAUGUACCCAUUCGGAUUUAACUAUUGAAAUCCCACAUUGCUGCUUGUGGUGUUAAUCCAUUAAUAUUGGAUAACCUGCUUUUGUAACAUAAAACGUGACUGAACAGACAGGAGUCCUCGUCAGAAUCUCCCAUUCACUCUUGGAACAGGUCAGGUUUAAUGUCGCUCAGAUUUCUUUCUUGCGAGUUAAUUUUUGUUUUAGAUUUUUUUCAUUGCUUUUUCUUUAUCAUUCACUUUCCCCCUCCUCUUUUCAUGUGACUUGCUGUGCCAAGCCACAUGUUAUUUCAAGUUGAAUAGAGGACAUUGUCUUGCUGAUAUGAUGCAGUGGUUUAGCGAGCCAAGACUCUUAACAUUUUUUUUUCAAAGAAGGCCUUCAGUCUUUCCAUUAAACAGUGCAAAAUUGACCUCCCAUCAAAAUUGUUACUUUGUCAUUUAUCUCAUUGAUAUUGUAAUGUUCUAUUAUUGUCUUUCCCAUUGAGUAGAGGAGCAUGAGCAAUCCUGACUUGAUGCGAGGAAAUGUACAUCCUGAGAAACAGAUGUUAUUGUUUGAGAUUUACUUCUUCCUACAUUGUUUUCAGCUCUGCUCAUUGAAAUCUUUUGCAUGAAAUUUAAAUUUAAACCUGUAACAUUGUGAAGUCAAACUUGACAAAGAUGUUACACCAAUUUGCUGUUACAACGGUGGUAGGUCAAAAGUCCUUUUUUGGAGGGUAAUGGAGUUCUUGUUUGUUAUUUUAUUUCUCUGAGCUAGUAUAUCUCUUGUGAUAAAAUCAGGAAUGUUCUUUCCUCUCAAAGGCAGUACAGUACUGACAAGUUCACUUUAUUCUUCUUAGUAACAUUAUCAAGCUGGCUGUUCAGGCAAGUGGUGGAUCACAGCAGCAUAUUGCUCGACAUUAAUUAAACUCAAAUUUUUCACCCAUGGACUAAAUUACGGUAGGUCCAUUCACUGCACUGCUUGUAACUUGAGUUUAAUGUUGCGCAAACCUUUUUAUAAUUUGCUCAAUGGGAGAUAUCUACGACGAUUUGAGAUGAAUUGUAUUCUAUUCCCAGACCGUCAUGUACAGCUGGUGAAAUGAGUUGAGGUAAAACACUUAAAAAAAAAAAUACAUGAAUACCAAGUUGUUGAAAAUGGCACUGAAGACUUGUCAGCUGUAGUAAUAAAUGGACUAACUUGUCUAAUAUAAAAACAUUUGGAAGUAGUAAUUGUUUUUAGUGCCACUUUAUAGGCUUGCAUUGAAGCGGAAAUAACAUUCUUCUCCUUGCUGCUGCCUCUUAUUAGGUGUGAUGAGUUUGUGGUAGAAAUGCUGUAUAAACAUACUUGCAGAUGUUGGUAACAUUUUGGCAAUGGGAGUAUUCUAGUGUCAUGGAUGGGUUGUAUGUAGUAAUAACACACUCUCUUUUACAAAGAGGUUUGCUCCAGAAUAGAUGGUUGAUUGGGAAAUUCAGACACUUGAUUAAUUUCUUAUUAAAAUAUUGUUAUGCA